UGUGUGUGUUUCACGGGCGCCCGCUGACCGACGGCUGACUUGCAGCUAGGAGCAGCAGUGAGUGAAGUGGAGUAAAAAAACGCUAAAAGUGCAUAUGGCGACAUACUUUUGUUCUGAAAUUCGUUGUGUCUCUUCGACUAAAUAGCACCAAUUCUACGCGAAAAAAGUGUCGGAUCCUACUGGAAGUGAUUCGCGAUUGGAGGAACCGCAACCGCGUCUUGCUUGCUGCAGAUAAAAAUUUGGUAGAAUGGAGAGUCCCUGUGAAUCGGAAAGUUCUCUAGACGGAGGAAGCAUGCUGCCACCGAGCCCGGUGUCUCGAGAGCAAUUGCAAAAACGUAAUGAGAGUUUGACUCAACAGAACAGGGUGCUAAAAGUAGAGUUGGAGACGUACAAAAUUCGAGUGAAAGUGCUACAGGAGGAGAACAAGAGUUUAAGGCAGGCAUCUGUUAUCAUUCAAGCGAAAGCAGAGCAAGAAGAGGAAUAUAUUUCUAAUACAUUGUUGAAAAAGAUUCAAGCCUUGAAGAAAGAGAAAGAGACACUUGCCCACCACUAUGAGCGGGAGGAGGAAUGCCUGACAAACGAUUUGUCCCGUAAAUUGGACCAGCUCCGCCAAGAAAAAUGUAAACUUGAACAAACGCUUGAACAGGAGCAAGAAUGUUUAGUUAAUAAAUUGAUGCGUAAAAUUGAAAAAUUAGAAGCCGAAACGCUUGCAAAGCAAUCUAAUCUCGAGCAAUUACGCCGCGAAAUGGUUGAACUAGAAAACACUCUUGAACAGGAGCAAGAAGCUCUUGUCAAUAAACUCUGGAAACGAAUGGAUAAGCUUGAAGCUGAGAAACGAUCUCUUCAAAUUAAACUUGAUCAGCCAAUAUCUGAUCCAACAACUCCGAAAGACAUUAACAAUGCGAAUGGUGAUACUGCCAGUAAUUUAAGUGCUCAUAUUCAAACUUUACGUUCUGAAGUUUUACGUCUUCGAACUAAUUUGGCCGCCGCCCAGAAAGAGACAAACGAGAAAAUGCAACAAUUCGCGCAGGAGGAGAAAUGUAUCCGCGAGGAAAAUUUACGAUUGCAAAGGAAAUUGCAGUUGGAGGUGGAACGUCGCGAAGCAUUGUGCCGACAUUUAUCUGAAUCUGAAUCAUCUUUGGAAAUGGAAGAGGAGCGAUUCUAUAAUGAGAAUCUACUAAGCGGUAUCGGACAUAGGCAACGCACAAUUAGCAGCCCAAUACCUCAUAGUCCAUCGAAUAGUCGCCCAUUGAGUCCUGGAGCGGCCGUUAAUGCGCAGUCUAAUCGGUGUUAUGCAUGCGGGCAAAUAUUGGGACGACGCACAAGUGAACGUUUCAUAAAACCGGCAAUUCCAACGCCACUCGGACUGAAUACAUCAGCUCCAAAUGUACUUUCGAAUCAAUUUAUCGGUGCUGGAAUUCAAACUGUAAGUAGUGGUAGCGGUAGUGGUGGGGCCGGUGUUGAACGAAUUAGUCUUAGUGGUGCUACAAGUAAUUCAAGCAUAAUAUCAUCAUCAAAUCCGUUGAACUCUAGCUUAAACAAUUCGUCCAGUAGUUCCAGUAGCAAUAUCGUCAAUAGUAAUUUAGUUUCGACACCGACAAAUAAUCCGCCGAAUGCAUUCGCCCAGCCGGCAAGUCCAAUGGAUACUUCAGUCUAUAAGGAAUAAUUCAUAUUUAUUCACUAUAGAUUGCUAUUUAUUGCUAAUAUAUAAAUAUAUUCAAGAAUUAUAAUAAUUAUUAAUGUCGCAGCGACGAUAUCUUCUCUCCUCGAAGUAUAAUAGUAAUAAUAUGGAAGAAAAUAUAUAAAAUCUAAACGCAGGGAAAUAAUCUAUUAUUAUCCAUUAUAUUGAUUGAUACGAUUUUUAUUGUUUUAUUUACACUCUUCAUAUGCCUUCUGUUUUCUGUUUGUUUUCAUUUUGUCGUAAUCUAGAUUUAUUUUUUUAUGCUUAUCAUAAUCGUUUAUCUUAUUACAUAUUUGAAUAACACGAACAUCAUACAUUUCACAUAAGCCGCAGGCAUACAUUUUGAAAAAAAGCUGAAAGAAAGAGUAUUAUCACUACCUAAACCACUAAUAUAUAGUGGAAAGCCUUAGGAUAUACACAUACCUUCGCUUUUAUACAUACUAUGUUAAAUGGAAGAUAUAAGACGAAGUAAAGUAAUCUCUCUGAUUAAAUAUUGCAUUGGAUUUAAUUUAUAAUUAGACGAUGGCGAUUUACUGAUGAGAUGAGAGCUGCAGUGUACAUUAUUUGUCCAAUUAUUUUUUGCUGUUUUCUUGUGCCGUUCAGAUCCGAUUUUAUCAAAUAAGAAAUAAGGGAUGCAAAGCGUGUCAUUCGGUGCAUUUGAAUUAUGAUGACUUGGGAUGUGCUUACAAUUGACCCGUGGUAACUCGCCGGAACUUUCUAAUCUGUACAUUGAAUUGAGGUGAAAAAGAAGAGAAACAAAUUUUUUAGUAAAGUUGGUGUGGGAGAAUUUUUCAUUUUUGACAUUUUCGCGGAAAAUGAAUUUGCAAAUGAGUCUUUAUUUCAUCUGACCGAAAUGAAGAGGAGGGAAAAUACAAAAUAUUGUUUUUUAUUUUCCCAUAUCGAAUCCGUUCGUUUUUGCAUGCAUUAAUAUUACGACCUCUCACGAGGUGGAAUUCUCCUAUAAAGGUAUAGCUUAUGGCAUGUCCCUUUUUGCUUGGGUACAAUACAUACAAUUAGUCGUCGCUUAUUAUAUACUUAGAAGUGAACAAAACAAGGUAACAAUUAAUUGACGUUUCGCAAUAUGACUAUUCUCGUCUUCCUUUGCAAGUAAUUUGUAGAGCAGAUUUUUCUAUCACAUUUGCUCCAAUUUUCGCAGUGAAAAACGGUAUUUUAAUACUGCUUAACUUCUCAUUCGAUACUACUUGUUACAAUCACAAUGAUGUUCAACUUUUUUUCUUCUGUUCGCCACUAUUUAUAGUAUCUCUACAACAAAAUCACAACACUUUUGUGCUUCCAACAUUCAACAAACUUUCUGAGUGGAUUUUGCUCCUCAGUUCUUUAGACAUUUUAAUUGAAAGUGUCCCAAAUCGAAGCUUGCCUAUAUAUUUUUUUAAGAUAAAUGUCCUCUUUUCAGCGUGAAGUGUUUCCAACGAUUAAUUAAUUGAAGUAAUAAAAACUUGUUGUUUCUUUUUCGUUGGUGUGGGUAUUUAUUCUUGCAAAUACCGAUAUUUUGGGAACCACUUGUUCCCUUCAUCAAGUUCCCGAAAUAUCGGUAUUUGCAAGAAUAAAUAACAACAAGUUUUUAUUACUUCAAUCAGUCCUCUUUUCGUCAAACAUGCGAUGUUGAUUAAAAGAUUUAAAUCAACAAAUUCUAUCUGUCCUUUUGUAAUUGGAUGUGCUUUUUACUUUUUCAGCAAAACAAGACAUUCUGGUACGCAGGAGUAAAUGGUUGCUUUCCCUAAGCCCUGACUCAAACUUCUUUAGCUCUUCUAUAUUAAAGGCAAUAUAAUGUAUGUGUCCCUUCCAUUUAAAUGUUUUAGCUCAUCAAUCCAUUCAUAACAAAGCAUUCAUGCUAAGUCUCUUCGCAGAUUAUCAAAUGUGAUGGCGUUACUUUUUUAAAAAAAUUAGAGACUGCGAAAAAAUUUUCAAAUUUGUCACUGAGCGAAAUACUUCACGCUUUCUGUCAACAUGAAACCACAUACUGCACAUAGUGGUCAUUUGAUCAAGCGCUCUUCAAGACGGAAGACUAAUUCUGACGGGAAAGGAAACUAUUAUUUUCUCUCUCUUUUUCGGAAAUUUUAUUCACCACAACUUCAAUAAUUAGUUUGCAUAUAAUAAUAAUAAUCGUUGGCACAACAAUCCAUAUUGGAUCAGGGCCUUGAAGUGUGUUAGAGCACUUCAUUCAAGACCGUAACGGUACACUACAGUAGACUGUAGGAAGCAAUGUGGUCAGCAUUGCGCUUGACCCCCGACCUUCAGUACGACAGCCUUGUGCUCUAACCACUCAGCUAUCCGGACACUAGUUAGUUUGCAUGGUUGACUGAAUACCACGGCAUGAAUAAAUAGAUUAGUAAAGGCUGAAUUGUUGUAGAUUGAAUAUAAAGGAAGAUCAACACUGGUCAGAAUAAAGAAACUAGUAAAAUUUCAAAUUAAAGAUUGUUCGGGAGAGAAGGUUUCAAAUUAUAGAGCGCUAGCGGGUAAAGCCCUCGACAUCAAUUCAGAUUAACGAAGGACUAGAAUACAUGAAAUAGUAUAAAUUUAUUUAGAAUGAUAACAAAGGCCGAGCAGGGCCGAGAGAGAGCUUAUCACACCAGACGCUGAUAAAAUGUACUCACAAUUUUUGUUCCAUAUUCUCUAGCCACUUCUCAAUUUUCCAGUUCCAACUUUAUCGUAUAAUUUUUAGCUGAACACAUGAGAGUUCUCUUCUUGGACUGCACUUAUUAAUACUUCCGUCUCUAUAUUCGAGCACAUUUUAUAGAAAAGAUAUAAAAGAGUGAAGACGGUACUGCGUAAGGUACUGCCUCCGCAAACCUAAGGAAAGAAGCAAAAACAAUUUGGUUAGUUCUAUUUCGUGUAAAAACAGCACAACAAUGGAAGCAUACAGUUUAGAGGAAGGUUGCUUCCAAUAAAUCCGUUGAUCGUAAAUUUUCUUCUAUAAAGUUGUGAAAUACGAAGCAAUUUGUUUUGGAUUUUGCUUAUGACCUACUUUAGUUAUUUCGUAAUUAUUUAGAAAAGUGGCGUACUCUUCGAUCUUAACAGUUUUCGCAUAUGUCAUGUAGGUUAUCGAUUGUGAGGCGAUAGAGCCAUUCAAAGUUUGAUGAGCAUUUAUAUUUAACUUAGCGAUAUCAAGAAGAAAACUAAAGGGUAUGAGAAAUUUCAAAAGCUUGCAUCUGGACGUUGAGUAUUCGGUGUAAUUUAAGUGAUGUUUAUUGAAUCAAUAUCCUAUUGAUGUCGAUGAUUUCGCUUUAACUCCCUAUCUCCACAUGCGUAUAUUAUGGCCACUUCUCAUUUCAUUCAUGAAAGGUGGAACUAAACAGAAUCGAGAAUCGUGGUAAAGUGCCCCUCCCAACUUUUGAGCUACGCAUUCUUCACGGGGGCCAUCAAAAGACUUACGAUUACCUUUAAGUUCUUUCGUGACGCGAUACACAAUUUGCUUUUAUCAUGACACGCUACAUUUCUCGGACUUUGUGACCAAAAAUUGAGCUUCAGUUGUGAUGACAACUUUAAACAUCAGCUCCUAAACGUUUUCGAUUGGGUUUAUAUAAGGACUAUUACCUGGCCAAUCCAGCGAAGGAACAUUUUGUCCUUGCAAAUGAGUUCGCACAAUUUAAUCAGACCAAUCUUAAGAUGCUUCUUAAAUGACAAUUUGUUAAUGCAGUUAUUGGUACCACAGACACCGACACACCAAUCCAUGUAAAGAAUGUACAUAAUGCAGUUUACAAGUUAAUCCCUACCAUCCUUUCAUUCAUGCUUUUUUGUUUUAUUUGGUUUCUUCGACUUACCAUUCAUGAGCGGAUUUAAAUUUUCCGGUCCAUCCAUAUUGGCUGAAGCACAUGGAACGAUCGAGGAGACAUUCAUGAAAGAGGCCCGUUUCGUUGGCAUUCAAUGUGGUUUUUAGGCGCAUAAGAUUAAAUUACUUUUCCGAAUGCAUCCUUAUACUCAGAACAAACGUUAUUUGAAACACGUGACCUUACAUUUUCCCCACUAAGCUUUUUAAAUUUAAUGUUGGAUAUUUCUCUGUAUGUAUCAAACCAUCCAUCACUUGCAUGAAUUAUGAAUUAUAACAUUCGAAAUCCUUAUUUGCGCGAAGGAAUUUCUCUUCAAGUUGUGGGUGAUCACCAGUCUUGAAGCGAUUAACAUUGCUGUCUCAUAUCUGGAAAGUUAUUUCGAUAUGAUUGUGAAAUGAGGGUCGUUGAAAUGCUUGGAUACGUCAAUUUGCUUAUAUACAGUGGCCAUGGCGUUUACGUUUAUUAUUUCUGUUUAAGGGGGUCGUGUGGUACCGUGGUGUCUAUUUUUGAGAAUUUUUAGAAUGAUUUAUUUAUGCGUUAUAUCCUUGUAACACAAAAAAGUAUACAUAUUGAAUUAUACAAAAACAAAUUUAUUUUUUGCAUCCUCGAAAAACAAUCAAAAUGGAAAUUGAAGUAUAAGGUUACCUGCUACAGCCACCCAGCUUCAAGAAUUUUGAAUGGAAAAAGAUAAAAUUGCGUCAUUUUGAGUUAUGCCGUUAAAUAUUAACGAAAAUCAUAAUUCUAAUACGAGCUAUAAUUAUACAUGUGUACAACAAUCCCUCAAAAUUUGAGACAAAUUGGUCGUAUUGAUACUUCGCAGUCAUGUCAACCGGUCUAGAAACUGUAUUUUCGGGAAGAGUGUAUUUAGAAAAAUGUGUUUAGAAGUAGCGUCAUACACACGUUUGCUGAGCUCACUUAUCGGGAUUUUCUCUGGGGACCGUGAAAUUUGUACGAAUAAGUAGAACACGAAACAUUAGGACUCCACCAUAAUGGGAUCCCCAAUUUAUAACUGUUUACCCUCCUCCCUAAGUUUGCCAUUUCAUGUCAAAAGGAACUUGUUUCAAAAUUAUUCAUGAAACUGUGAGCAUGUGAUUCCAGUCGCCCCUUUACAUUGAAAUUUUCAAAAUAAAACUGUUCAGAAAUGCAACUACUCGUACCAAAAAUAAAAUCGUUCAUCAAUUAUAUAGUCAAAAAUGGAAAGAAAAUGCAAAGCGGAGUGAUUACUUGAAGAAGGAUUGGAUGCUAAUUUCAUUUCAGCUAACUCAACGUUUCAGUUCAGAAUCAUAGUGUUACUGUUCUUCUCAUCCACACCAUUUCUCAUUUAGCAUAUCCACAUUUACGUAAUUGGUAAGCGCUGUUACAUCACUCUAAUCCUUGCUUCCUUUCUUUUAUUACUGGUAAGACUGAUUUAAUAUGAAAACUUUUCGAAUUUUCAUAAUUUUGUUUUCCUUUUUCACAUCCAUCAAAUAAGAUUUUGUUAGGUUUAUGUUGGCUUGAAAAUUGGAAAGAAAUAUUUUUUUGAACUGAGAUAAUGCUACAAAUUAAAAUAAUGAAAAUAUGUUUUAAGCUAACACUGCAUACAAAAUAAAAUUCUAACUUCUACAAUGAAGGGAAAAAUGUGUAGCGAAUGUAGAUUGGCGAGAAAAUUUUGUGAAUGGAAAUAUGUAGGAUAGCGUGUGGUCAAAUUAAAUGAAACCAUUUUCGAAAUUAUGUAAACCAAA